AUGAUUUCAACUCCUCUAAUUAGAUCCAAAAUCCUAAGCCAAUCUUCUAGCUUGCCCUCAAGAUCACCACAUCCUCUAAUCCCUCUAUUCGACGAGCAUUUGCACGCGCUAAAAUCCGAACAUGACUCGACCUCUUUACGUUCGAUCGCCCGAAAGCUACACGACCUCGGAAACUUACACGAUCUCGCGCACGAUUUGCUCCUUUUGCCCCACACGCGCCAAGUUUUCGCCCGAGAGCGCAACGAAAAAUGGGUCGACGAAAUCUUGGAAGGAUAUCUCCGCCUCGUGGACUUCUGUUUCGUGGCCAAAGAUUUCGUGUCCCAUUCAAAAGAACACAUUUCGAACCUUCUUUUCAUCCUCCGGCGUGGCUCGGAGUACGAUUUUUCCGAGUUUGUCUCGUCGAGAAAGUCGAUCAAGAAGAGUAUUCGAAAGUCGUUGAGAUCAUGUAUCGGCAAUUUCUUCAAGAACAAGCCAUCUGUUUCGACACUACUCGACAAGGAUCAAGAAACAAUUUCCAUCAUAAGCAUGCUUAAAGAGACAGAGUAUUUGACGGUCGAGCUAUUCGAGGAGCUUUUGUCGAGCGUGGCUGGCGUGGGGCCGAGCGGCCGGUGGGCCCUUGUCGCCAGCUGGCUGAUAAAAUCGAGGAACAAAUCGGGCGGGCGUACGAAAAGCACGUGUCUUGAAUUCGGAGUUUUGGAUGCUUUAGUCAUGGCGUCGAAAUGCGAGACAGGCUCGAAAGUCGAGGAUUUGUGGCAGCAGUUGAAGAAGAUAGAGUUAGUUAUUACAGUUGUUGAGAAAAGAUUGGAUUGUUUGUUCAAACGUUUGAUUAAAUCAAGAGUUACACUGCUUAAUAUGCAGAGCAGUGUAAUCUAA